UCUACAAGAUCAACAUGGACGCUGUCAGAAAGCAAACCCAAGCGGAAUGCGAGGACGUCUUUGCAAACUUACCAGUCACCAUUCAAGCCUUGUUACCCGCCGUGCUAGCUCACAAGGAUAAGAUCCUCAGCGUCGAGCGCAAGACGUACCAAUACGGAGGCACCGAUCGUCACCAGCUUGACAUCUACUACCCGCCUACGUCCUCCGCAUCCCCACGCCCGAUCCUCUUCUGGGCCUACGGCGGCGGCUUCGUCUCAGGCGAGCGCGUGCUGCCCGAAUCGCAGGGGCUGGUGCACACCACGAUCGGCGCCUUCUUCGCCCGGAAAGGUUUUGUCGUCGUCAUCCCCGACUACCGCCUCGCGCCCUCCGCCCAGUUCCCGGCCCAGGCUGAGGAUAUCCGCGACGCCAUCCUCUGGGUCAUCCAACACGCCUCUUCCACACUUUCCACCCCUAGCGUAAAACUAGACGCGGAGACGCUCGUCGCGAUGGGACACUCGGCCGGUGCUGUGAACGUCGCCACGGCUUACCUUCUCCCGGAGAUUCUGCAGGGCACGGAUAUUGCCAGACGCACGAAGGCGCUCGUGCUGCAAUCGGGAUUGUACGUGUUCGAAAUCGACGGUGUUGCGCCCGCCGUACCUCCCCCGGUCCUCGCGCAGUAUUUCGGUCCGACGGAGUUGCAGAAGAAGCGCGAGCCGCUCGCGUUACUCCGCGCGUUGUCGGACGAGCAGGUCAGCGCGCUCCCGCUGCUGCUGCUGGUGGACGCGGAGAAGGAGCCGCAGGGAGUCGUGAGGAGCGAGGAGCUGUUCAGGCAGCUGUGGAAGAGGAGGAGGGACGAGAGCGAGGUGCUGAGGAUCGUGGCGAGGGGACAUAACCACAUCAGUGUUAACUGGGUGUUGGGGACGGGCGACGGGGAGGAGUGGGCGGAGGAGGUGGCGAAGUGGUUGGGCGACACGUUGUGA